AUGUCACCAUCUGCAAUGCUGCCAUCCAAGAUCACAGCAUGUCAGUUUAUGCGCCAACCCGUCGUAGACUUCCUCGCCCCACCCAUCACCACGUCCGCAUCACGCUCAAGUCGACGACAUGGCAAUAGAUGUCAAGGUAGACAUCAAAGCACAUCCGCACCACCCCCACCCCCACCCCAAUCCGAACCAUACUCUUCACAACCACUCCAAAAGAAUACCAAUGGCAAACCUAUUCGGCCCCUCACCGCCGAACAACAGCAAUUCCUCUCCUCCGCCUUGCGCGUCAACCAAACCGGCGAACUCGCUGCCAUUCUCAUCUACGCCGCUCAAAUCCCCGUCCUCACAAAAGCUCACCCUCACCUCCGACCACUGAUGAAACACAUGUACGACCAAGAGGCAGGCCACUACAAGUACUUCAACCAAAUCAUAGCCAAACACCGCAUUCGCCCCACCGCCAUGACACCCGUGUGGACCGCCGCUGCCAGCAUGCUGGGCUGGUCGACUGCGCUGCUUGGUCGGGAGGCGGCCAUGGCGUGCACAGAGGCCGUUGAGACGGAGAUUGGGACGCAUUAUAAUGAGCAGGUUCGCGUACUGUUGGAUUGGGCCAAGAAGUGUGAAGAGAGGGGGGAAAGCCUGGGACCCGAGUUGGAAGAGAUGGUAGGGGAGCUGAGGAGAAUCAGGGACGAGGAAUUAGAGCAUUUGGAUCAUGCCGUCGAGAAUGAUGCCAAGAGUGCAAAGCCCUAUGAGCUGUUGACCGAGGUGAUCAGGGGUGGUUGCAGAGGCGCGAUUUGGGUUAGUGAGAGGGUAUAG